AUGGCAUUCUCGCGAAACCACGAUCUGAAACGACACAUGAAAAUUCAUUUAAAUGCUAAACCGUUCAAAUGUCUCGGAUGCUCGAAAUUAUUUUCAAGAUUGGAUGCUAUCAAACGACACAAAGCAAAUCCAAAAAGUCGAGAAGCUUGUCGUGAUACUGUGGUGGCUAAAGUGUGA